AGGGUCCCUCCGUCCGUCUGCGCUCCUCCUCCCUGCUGGGGUCAACGCCGCCGUCGCUCUCGCAGAACCGGGGUUAUAUCAAGUCGCCGUCGCUGCUCGCUACAUUCUUCUUUCUCCCCUUUCUUCAUCACGAUUCCACCCAUCUUCUCAUUUCCUCCUCUACCUAUCUUCCGACUCGCUCAGUACUUACUGAUAAUACUUAAUUUCUAUCGAAGUUGGUGCUUGUCUCUUUCCUGUCAAGCAUAUCAAGUCACCCCACCUGCAUACAUACAUACCUCGUUGUCGCAAGGCGCAAGGACUCAAUUAAAACCGACCUGAUCAAACCUAAUUCAUCCGAUCUACUUUCUACUUCCACCACCAUGCAGCUCACCACCUUGUUCGGGCUUGCUCUCUCCACCCUGAGCCUUACCUCUGCCUCGCCUAUUUCCUAUCCCAGUCGCCGUGACAGCGCGGCGUUGACCUGGCACGUUUCCAACUUCACCACCGGCUGCUCGCCGGGAGGCUGCGUUUACAACUUCAACAUCCUCGGUGUGGCAACCAAGAACACGCCUGGCUUCAAUACUACCUGCUCUGGUACGACCACGGAUAGCAGCUCCGACGACCUCGUCUCCUGCCAGAACCCUUUGAUCAAGUCCCGCGUCAAAGCCGAGCCGUAUCCGCUGUGGAAUGUCCGGGCUGAACACGAAUGGAUCCUCCCUGGCGAUGCCGAGUUCUUUGCUUUCGGAGAGACUAAUGUCACCUCGUCGACGCCGCGGUUCACAAUCCCCGUCACCGAGGAGUAUGGUGUCGCCUAAAGAAGUAGGAGAUGAGCCAAUCUCACCGCCCUGUCUGGUGUUUGUUUAAGAUGAUGUUACCCUCCGGAGGGUAAUUUGACGGAGGGGUGGGAUACGAACUGUUUUUGUAUCAUAUGAUUAUCAUGUCUGUUUCUUUGUGUGGUAUUUGUGUAUUGUUGAUAUGGGAUAAGUUAGGGGUUGUUUACCUAAUAAUGUCUGGUUACAUGAUGGGCAAAAAGUGGCUAAUGCAGGACAAAUGUUAUGACCAACCAAAUGAAAAGAAUUCAAGUGAUUUCAUACUGCAUUAAGUCCCAUGUUUAUGGACACCGUAUUGUUUAGACUCGGGUGGGCAAUUAAUUAACUGGUUGCAUUGACCGAAUGUUG